UUGGAAGCUAGCAUCAGAGGAGGCAAACAUAAUAAGGCGAUUCACCUCGGCUACCAAACAGUGUGGUACAUCGAAGACUACUUAUAUGCGUGCCAUGCUGCCCCUAGCGCUUCUGGUAGAAUUUCGGCGAAAAGCAAAAAAGCCGUUUUCUACUGUACCGCAUACAUGAAGGUAGCUGAAGAACAAAACAGUAUUCUGGUGGAACACUGUUUCCAGCACUGUGGGCAUGAGGCACGUCCGUCACAGUUGAGGCUUGACGACAACUCUGAAAAAUAUAUCACCUCAAUGCUGAUGGAAGGUCUCACAGUCCGACAAGUUUACUUAGUCCUAGGAUAUUUUAGAAACAUUGCGAGGAAAUGUUGUGUGCAACCGGAAAGACUACAUAACCUUGACACUGUCUCAGUUCAAAAACGAGUUGAUAGCAACGUAGAAUCUGACGGCAUACACUAUUACACCCCUGCAGAGGAUGCCAGCGGGGAUGGAUUUGUUCUCGAUGAUACUUUCAACUUGACUUCCUAUUCGCUUAGACUAGCAACCAUCAUAGUCGCGGAUGAGUGGGAUAGAGCUCUCCCAGCGGUUUACCUUUUGUCGUUUCGGUCCGUUUAGUU